AAAUAGUUAAAAAGUAUCUUAUUCUUGUGAAUGAUUAAUUUGUUGUGCAUAAAACUAUAAAAUAGUAAGAUAUUUCUAUACGAUUACAAAGCUAUUGUACCUUGAUAAUACAGCAUUUAUCUACAUAUUACAUAUACAUCAGCUGUUCCAACAUGCCUGUGACUAUUCCCGAUUGCCCGCCCAGCUUGAAAUCUAUACAACAUUACUUAAAAACAGCUUCAGAACAUGAUGCUAGAGACCCUGUGGUGGCAUACUGGUGUCGUUUACACGCUUUACAAGUUGGCAUGAAGUUAACCAAUAAGAAAACUCCAGAAGAAACAAAGAUGUUAAUGGGUCUCAUGGACUGGUUGGAGGAAGAAAAGACAACUCAUAAAGAUAAUGAAGCUAUAAGUAAUGAAGUAGCGGCACAAGCUCAUCUUGAAAAUUAUGCACUUAAACUGUUUAUGUAUGCAGACAAACAGGACAGGGAGCAGAACUAUGGGAAAAAUGUUGUCAAAGCAUUUUAUACAUCUGGGAUGAUCUAUGAUGUCCUCACUACAUUUGGUGAACUGACAGAUGAGGCCGCACAGAACAGGAAGUAUGCUAAGUGGAAGGCUGCUUAUAUACAUAACUGUCUAAAGAAUGGAGAAACACCAGUUCCAGGACCUCUUCCAGCAGAAGGGGAAACACCAAAUGAUGAGAACUCUGGAAUAAAUAACCAACCGGAACCCAUGGGUUUUACCCCAAAUCCUGGUUUUCAACCAGAACCUACCGGUUUUGCCCAAAAUCCUGGUUUCAAUCCACAAGUGACACCAGCUACUCCACCCAUUAUACCUACAAGUUUUAGCAGCACCUUACCCGAUCCCAAUGCAGCGCUGCGAGCAGCCUCUCAGCUGCCUCCAGUACCAUACACACCUGAUCCAAACCCCGGUGGCUUUGUACCAUAUGACCCAUCACAACAAAGUCAGCCAUCUCAGCCACUUUAUGGUGAUAAUUCUUUAAUGGUGGCACAAUUGAGUCCCGAUCAGAUUGCAAAGGCCCAAAAGUACUGUAAAUGGGCAAGCAGUGCUCUUAAUUACGAUGAUGUUAAAACUGCAAUCAAUAAUCUGAAGAAUGCUCUAGAGUUGUUACAAACUGGACGAGAUCCCGCUUAAGUCAAUAAAGGGAAUUGCAACAUUUUAUUAUAAUUGUUAUGUUUAUAUAUAAGUUGUGUUACAUAUUUUAUUGAUUCGCUCUUACUGAACCAUUGUAUCAUUUUUUUAAUGGUUAAGUUAUAAGUAUAACACAGAUAUAUAAAUGUAAAUGCAUAUGAUAUUAUGUGUAAGGAAUAUGUUAUAUAAUGUGAAAUUAACUUAAAUGUACAAUUAUGCCUUUAAAAUUGUGUUAAGUUUUCAAAACAAAUAUGAAAAUGCUUUAAUAAAUAAUUUACUGG